UUUUCUUUCUUCCGAAUAGGGCUGUAUGUUUUCUUUUUCCUAUCCAAUAUUUCUCUUAUCCCCUCGUGAGGGAAAUUGAAGGAGGAAAUGACAAGGAAUUAGAGGAUAUGUUUCCUAAAGUCCACCCAAACCAAAAAAAGUCCAUAAUCUCAGACUCCUAUAUUUGUUCUUUCCUUUUUUACACAACAUCAUAUGUUUAUAUAAGCUACAAGUUAGCUUAAAUUUGAUAUGAUGAAAAUACUCCUAAUGUCACCAGAAAUUAUGAGAAGAUCUAGAAAGAUGAGGGAAGUUAGAAAAUACAAGAAAUCAUCAUCUCCACGUCUAAGAUGGACUCCACAACUUCAUGACCUCUUCAUUCAAUCUGUUGAACAUCUUGGUGGAAGAAGCAAAGCAACUCCAAAGAGAAUUGUGCAGAUGAUGGGCAUAAAGGGAUUGAAGAUUUCUCAUGUCAAAAGCCAUCUCCAGAUGCAUAGAAACAUGAAGGAGCAUCCAAGCCUCCAUGUUAUGAUGCCAGAUUUCAAUUUGUCUUCACCACUAUUAAGAGAACAUGCUCAUAACAGCAGCAAGCAGAAUGAAUCUGGAAGCCAAAAUGGUGAAAAUAUCCAUUACUAUGACUACCAGGAAGCAGAAGGAAGUUUAAGUAGUGGAAUGACAAAGGAGGAAGAAGAAGAUGAAUGUGAAAAUGAGAGAAAUUUUUGGCCUAAUAAAGAUGAUGAUCAUCAAAAUUACUCCCAAUUUAAUAAUGCCUCAAGCAGCUUUUUUGAGAGAAAUUUUUGGCCUGAUAAAGAUGAUGAUCAUCAAAAUUACUCCCAAUUUAAUAAUGCCUCAAGCAGCUUUUUUGACUCCACUAGUGAAAACAGUUCUCACAUUAACCUAGAUUUAUCUCUCUCUUGAUCAUGUUUCUAUCGUUAGUUAAUUAUUUGAGUAUAGGAUAGAAUAGUCCCUUAGAUAGUUUUUACUAUUUUUCUUAUGUUUAUGUACAUUUUGCAAUAAUAAAUGUUCUUGUACGAA